CUCCCCCAAGCUGUAACAUGGGAAACACAAUACAGAAACCAAUUCAAAAAGCAGCACUUGCUUCAACCUUCGAUUGUCAAAUAUGUUUAGAACCCAUAAUUUCAAACAAGAAAUUCUACAAUAAGGAAACUUGUUAAUUUCCACAUUUUUUGUGUGGAUUGUGUCUCAAAAUACAUCGAUGCAAAGCUUGAAGACAGUGUUGCCAAUGUCCGGUGCCCCGGGAUGAACUGUGGGAAGCUGUUAGACCCCUUUUCAUGCCAACCUAUCAUUCCCAAAAGACUAUUUGAUCGGUGGAUGAACCUUCUUUGCAUAUCGAAAAUUCUAGGGUUUGGAAAGUGCUACUGCCCUAACCGGAGUUGCUCGGUUUUAAUCAUAAACGAAGGUAGGAGAAAGGAUAAGAGAUCAAAGUGUCCAAAGUGCAAGCAACCAUUCUGUUUCAAUUGCAAGAUUCCAUGGAAAAGUGGUCAUCUUUGUAGUCAGAAGGAAGAUGACAUAGAUAUGAAUGACAUUUUAUUUGUGGAAACUGCACAAGAGAAGGGAUGGGUAAGAUGUCCUGAAUGCAAUUUUUGGAUAGAGCGCAGUUAUGGUCUCCCCAUUAUUACUUGCAGGUGUCAGACAAAAUUUUGCUAUCAUUGUGGGAGAAGGUGUUCUCGGCAUACUUGCAGCUGCAAUGAAUAUGUGAGGGAACGGAAUAGGGUGGUGUCUGCAGAGAUGAACAUGGCUCGAACUGAUAAAGUGAUAUUCGCUUGCGUGGUGCUUUUCAUAAUUGCUGUAUUAAUAUUUUUUGUGCAACAUUAUAUAUUGCGGUGAAUCUGGGAAGAAAGUAUUUGGAAGGUGUAGUACACACUGUGUAAACCAUUUCAAUGCUAAUUGCAAGUGGAAAAAAAUCGUUUAUCUCCAAAUCUUGUUAAUUAGAGAAAAGUUCUUUAAACUCAU